AUUGCACAUUCUCAGACUCUGACAUGAAUAAAAUAGCAUUAAAUUGAAGAUUCAUCUUCUUUUUCCUGUCACAUUUGACAAACAACAUAUCUCACGCUAAUAGUACAAAAACUACCCAAAUCUAGAGAGAAAAAUAAGCAAUUUGAAGAAACGUUUCAACUUCUGGGAUUUCUUCAGGGUUUGGUAGCAAAAUCAAGAAUUAUGCCAAUGCUGAAGGUCCCAGAUCACCAAGUUGCUGGACACCGGGCUCUUGAUGGGAAGCUUGGCCCACUCAUAGAUGAAUCAGGGCAUUUCUACAAGCCCCUUCAGCAGAAUGAAAGAGGUUUAAGAGAGGCUGAAUUCUACCAGACUUUCUCAUCUGAUGUCAGAGUCCCAGAUCACAUACGCAAAUUCUUUCCGAAAUUCUUUGGCACACAGCUUCUAGAAGCUUCUGAUGGAUCAGGACCCUGCUCUCACCUUGUUAUGGAAGAUCUAACCUCAAACUACAAAAACCCGUCAAUCAUUGAUGUUAAGAUUGGUUCGCGAACCUGGUAUCCACAAGCAUCAGAGAAGUACAUUCAGAAAUGUCUCAAGAAAGAUCAAGAAACCUCAAGCCUUUCUUUGGGUUUUAGGAUAUCGGGGUUACACUUGUACCAAGGUCAGGAAUCAGGGUAUUGGAAGCCUGAUCGAAAGCUGACCAUGAAGUAUACAGCAGAUGAUGUCAGGUUGGUUUUGAAGAAGUUUAUUUCAUCAAAUCAAUCAUCAGAAUCUAAGGAUGAUCCGGAUUGUACAUUCGCUUCAAGUGUCCUUGGUGGUUCGUCAGGCAUUCUGGCACAGUUGCUGGAGCUCAAGUCAUGGUUUGAGGAGCAAACUUUGUACCAUUUUUAUUCUUGCUCAGUUUUGAUGGUCUAUGAUAAGGAAGAGUCACUGGUUAAAACUGGACAGUUUGGUCCUGCAAUUAAGCUUGUUGAUUUUGCUCAUGUUUUGGAAGGCGACGGUGUCAUCGAUCAUAACUUCUUGGGCGGGCUCUGCUCAUUGAUCAAAUUUAUCUCCGACAUUUCGAGCACUCCAAAUGGAUGCACCAUCAAAGAUAUUCUAUAGAGCAUCAUUUUUAGAGAUUGUAUUGUUAUUUGUUAUGCAUUCAAUUUUCAUGUCAUUCAUCAUGAAUCUGGAGGCACAACAACAAGCCUUCAUCUGAAUUAAUCAUGUUUUGUUUGAACGUAUAUUAACUUAAUUCUAGUGCCGAAUUGAACUUC